AUGGAAGACGAGAAAAAGUGGAAGGGGACAAAACUUGAUCUUCAGGAAUCUGAUUCUUUUGGUGAUAUAUGGAAAGAAAAACAAAGAAAUGUCCCCAAAUUGGAUUAUUCCAAAGCCCAAAGAGAGAUCACCAAGAAAAAAGAGAAAAAUUUUAAACAGAAAAUAUCUGAAGAAACUCAAAAACUAAAGAAAGAAGCUAACACUUUUGGAAACUUGUCAGAUGAUCAUUCAUUGCUACGACUGGUAGAAGAUGUCAGAGAACAAAGGUUUUUGGAUGAUGAAUCAGAUGCCAAGGAAGGGCGUACACAUAUCAGGUUAUCAAAAGUAAGAAGAUUCCAAGAGCCCUACUGGUAUGCAAAACAGAUCAGUAAACUUGGCAAGGAAGGGAAGGUAUUGGAAGCCAUUGAUAUGUUGGAAGAGACCAUGUUAAAGAGAGAUCGAGUUAUGCCCACAACUUACGUUUUCAACCAGUUGUUUGGGAUUCUUGGCAAUGUUGGGUACACAAAAAAAGCCUUCCAAUUAUUUAACAAAAUGAAGAAAAUGGGUAUACGACCAGAUGGACACACUUAUACCUGCCUCUUCAACUGCUGCUCCAAUUCACCUUGGUCAAAUGAUGGCCUGCAACGAACACACAAUCUACACCAAUUAAUCAAAGACAAAAAUGUAACACUACAUCCAAUCACCUUUAAAGCAAUGAUCAAGGCAUAUGGAGUUUGUGGAGACAUCCAGGGAGCCUUUCAAGCUGCAGAUGAAAUGUGGCUGCAUCUGCUUCCUUCAGGAGACUCCAUUUUCCACUGA